AUGGUUGGUUCAUCUAUUGGUGUUUUAUCUACUGCUACUACAGCACAAGCAGAAUUAAUUCAACAACUCCAAAACUCUGAAACUGCGAGUGGUGUUCAUAGAGAUAAAGAAUAUGCAGAGGAAUUAAUUAAAGCAGUAGAAGAUGUUAAAAGUACUGCAAUUGAAUUACAACAAAAAAUUAAAGAAGAUAAUGUUAAUUCUGAUGAAUUAGUUAAAGUAGCUGAUAAAGUUGGUAAGAAAGUGGAAAAAGUUGUUGUGUCUUGUAGAGCUGGAACAAGAACUAAAGGAAGAAGUCAUAAAUACAAAGAUCUUUUGGAUGCUUCAAAGAAACUUGCUGAUGCCACAAAGAAUCUCUUAGAAUGUGCUAAAAAGGUAGAUGAAUUUGAUGAUACACCUGUUGUUGUUCAAAUGAAUUUACCACCACCACCUCCUCCUGUCACUGAAGUUGAGGAAGAAGAAGAUAUCGAAACAUUUGGUAUUGACCAAUAUACUCUCAAAGAAAUUGAACAACAAAAGAAAAUCUUUGAAUUAGAAAAGAAAUUAGAAGCUGCCAAAAAGAAGAAAGCAGAUUUAGAAGAACUUGCUAAAUCUUUCCAAAAUUAA